AUGCCAGUAUCUGUUAUUUUGUUAAUCGUAAACAUUACAAAUAUUUUAAAAGAAGGCAAAUCGAAAAAUGAUGAAUAUUCCAUGUUAUUAGAACCGAUGGUUAGAAUAAACUUGCCAGUUGGAGAUUUUGGAUAUUACUGUGUCACCAUUGCACUUUGUAGCAUCAUUCAUGAAAUAGGUCAUGCCAUUGCUGCUUAUAAAGAAGGCAUUCAUGUUUUUGGUAUAGGUAUAAUUAUAAUAUUUGUUAUACCCAUUGCUAUAGUUAAACUUAAUUCUGAAGAAGUGUCUCAUCUUCAUCCGAUAAAGCAACUUAGAAUAUAUUGUGCCGGAAUAUGGCAUAAUAUAAUACUCUCUUUGAUUUCAUAUAUUAUAUUAAUCAGCCUACCAUUCUUACUCAGUCCUUUUUAUGAUUUGGGAAAGGGAGUUUAUGUUUUGCAUGUUAAUGAAAAUUCAAAAGUUGCUGGAAAAAGUGGUAUUUAUCCUGGAGAUAAAUUAACAGCAAUUAAUGAUUGCGAAGUUUCUGAUAUAGAAACAUGGCAGAAAUGUCUUAUGUCUUUUACGAACAAACCUUCUCCUGGCUACUGCAUUUCAGAAGAUAUAAUUCGUCAAUUAGAUGAAUCAGUUCCUAUGAAAGUUUCAGAAGAAGGAACCGUUCAAUGCUGUGAAAACAGUAGCAAUGCCCAUUUGUGUUUUGAAACUCUCGAAGAUGGUGCUCCACUUCAAGUUCUUCAAUAUUCUUGUCUUCCUGGAAGGCGUAUCAUCGCAGGAACUGCAUUUAUGUGCCGAAAUCCAAAAGAUUGUCCAUCAGGACUCCAUUGUGUUCGACCUGUUACUCCCGAAGGAACGACUUUAUUAAGAAUUCAUAGAUCUAAAGGAAGCAUCGUAAUUUAUAUAGGUAUUCCAAAACACGUUCUUUUAACUGUAAGAGUUUCUGAUUAUUCUCAACAGUACAGAAUGUUUCCUUCUAAGUUACCAGAAAUUUUAAUUCGCCUUGCCAAAUACUUAGUAAUAUUUUCCUCGGGUUUAGCCGUUAUUAAUUCUAUACCUUGUUUUUAUUUUGAUGGGUAUCACAUUUCCUGUACUCUUAUCAAUUCUUUAAAUAAAGGUUCAUUUCAUUUUAAAAAUUCAUUAACAUUCGGCUGUAAUUUGUUAGGAAUGCUAUUAUUAGGAUUUAGCAUCGUAUGUGCUUUAUGGAAAUUAGCACAUUAUAAAAACGCAUUUUUAAAAAGCCGGGAAUUGGUUUAUAGUGAAACUUAA